AGUGCUAGUCUAAAAGACGAAUCCAAACAGAAUCCCCUUAGUAAGAGGCGUUCCUCCAGGAGACUGGCGUUCCUCGAGAACUAAAGUAUUCAAAGUCUAAUCCCCAAUCGAAGCCAAGACAAGACAGUCAGCUAAUUUGCAUCGUCAAGCUUCAAGUUCAAACUGAAAGAGAAACAUUAGUGAUGUAUAAAAAGAAGCAAAAUUGAAAAUCAAAGAAGGGGUCAAUAGUGUGAUGUAUAAAAGAUCAAUCAUUUACAUAUGAGGAAGAGUGGAAUUUAAAGCUUCAACCACUUUCGGAUUCAGGUUCCGCGGAAAAUGGGCAAUCUCAAUCUUGCGGUGAUCAUCAAGAACCCUGGAGACUCCGCCCAGUUCCUCCUCGAGAAGCAAAAACAUCCUGCAAAAUUUGGGGACGAAGCUUACGACUCCUACGUCGAUUCCAAUCUCUGGGACCUCCCAUCAGCAGAUCUACCGACUCUAGAAGACGGAACAAGGUCCAGCUUUUCUCUCUCUAUAGCUGAAUCGUGCUCAGAAGAGAUAGAUUUGAAGAACUUCGACUUAGAAACUAUCCUGAAUGGACUGUUGGCGAAUCUAGGGAUUGAGUUUAGCGAUGUGGGAGAGUGGAGUUUCGACAGGUAUGUAGUGGAGCCUGAGUUUGGACCUGACUCAUGCGUCCGUACUUGUUUUCUCGCCGGGAAGCUAAUGGAUACAGACAAAAGUUUACAAGACAACUGUAAGUGGAUGUCCAUGGAAGCUUGCGUUGACUGUCUUGUUGAUGCAAAACAGGGAAGUGAUCGUGUUGGACCAUUAGUACUACUCGGGCUUGGGGAUGGUUCCAUGAAGCAGAAGUUGUCACCUUCUCUACCUGUCCAGGAAUAUCCACCUGGUGUUAUGGUUGUGCCAAUGCGUAGCAGGACAUUGAAACCUUUCACGACAACUAAUCUGGUUGUAUUUGCUCCAGAGAAUGUUUCAGUGGACUAUAAAGAGACAGGUUUUGUAACUCGUGGGGAUGCGUUGAUUGUGGAUCCUGGUUGCCACUACAAACUCCACACUGAGCUCAAAAAAAUUGUUGAUGCUUUACCUAGAAAGCUAAUUGUCCUUGUUACACACCACCAUCGUGAUCACAUUGGUGGUAUGGAUCUCUUGUUUUCUCUCCUGGUUUGGUGGAUUCUUUUGUUUUCCUCCCUACUCUCUCUCUAUGAAAAUUUAACUCAGGCUUCUUUAUUGACUAUUAUGAUAUACCUCCUCUUCAUCCAUGUUUCAGGACUUUCUGCUAUACAAGAAAGCAAUCCUGAUGCUGUUCUUGUGGCACAUGUCAAAACUAAGAACCGCAUUGAUGGUUGGUCUGGUAACUAUACCCCAGUUUCUGGAGGAGAGAACAUAUAUGUCAAUGGUCAGAGUUUGACCGUCAUUUUCGCUCCGGGACACACAGAUGGCCAUAUGGCACUACUUCAUAACCCCACUCGUUCUCUGAUUGUUGGGGAUCAUUGUGUUGGUAAAGGAAGUGCUUUCUUGGACAUAAGGUCAGGUGGGAACAUGACGGAAUACUUUCAAACGACAUAUAAGUUCCUGGAGCUUUCUCCACAUGUAGUGAUUCCCAUGCAUGGAAGGGUCAAUCUGUGGCCAAAACACAUGCUUUGCGGAUAUCUCAAAAACCGCAGGAGCAGAGAAGAAUCUAUCCUAAAGGCCACUGAGGAUGGCGCUCAGACAUUGUUUGACAUAGUUUCCAAUGUGUACUCAAAAGUGGAUCGCAGUUUCUGGUUGGCUGCAGCGUCAAACGUGAGGCUGCAUAUCGACAACCUAGCUGUAGAAAACAAAUUACCAGAGGGAUUCUCUAUCCAGAAAUUUAGAGCAAGUUGCGGAUUUAGUUUUAAGGUACGGUGGGCAGCGGGUUAUACCGGUAGCCGGAUUCCAUUCAAGAUCAAUAAGCGAGGUUUAAUUAUGUCAGUAAUAGCUGCAGGAGCUGGUUAUUUUCUUCUCUUCGCUUGCAAAAAGAAGAACACUAUUGAAUCUUGAUUAGUGAAGGCCUGUGGCCACAGCUUAUUUAAUCCAUGUGUGCUCCUUUGGCAGAAUGAGAAGUCCUUUUGAUAAAUAUGAAAUACCAAUGAGAUAGCCAAUACAUUGUACUAGGGGAUUCUCCGGUGCUCAUGCAUGGAUGUAACUCUUUAUAAAAUUAGUAUAUUAUAAUUAAUUGAUAUUUUAUU